AGUCAGUCGUCCAUCGUCGUUACAAUUCGUUGACUUCGUUGUUAGCCGAAUGGAAUGGCCGAAAUGAAUGUCGACUCAGUACUGCGUGCGCAAUAAUGGUGAUGUGAAUUUGGGUGGUAAAGAAUCUUAGAGUGAACAUUCAUGUUUGAAAGUUGUAGUUAAUUUGACAGUAUCAAUUCCUGUGACGUUGUGCAAUAUAAUUUCUUAGUGUUGUGUAGUUUUUAUCGCAGAAUAAACGUUGGUUUAUCGCUAGAGUCAGCUGUGGACAAUAAAGUAAUUUACUGAAUUUUAGUGGAUAUAACAUGAUGUGUUCCAUGUCGGACUAGUGGUAAAUAAAGAGAGGUCUACACAUAAUUAAACUGUAUUGUUUACAGGUUGAUGCACGAGCACCAUACGAGUCUGUACUACGUCGCGCGAGUACCGCGCCGCCUUGCCGCACCUUAAUACGGCGGCGUGGCAGCGCGCUUUUAGGGUGUAGCGAGAUCGCGCACCCUGGAGCCGCCCAGGGUUCCACUGUUGAGGAGGGCGCGGCGACAAAAUGGAAGACGCCGGCAGCAACAAGCAGCGACAGGCCACGCGAGUCUUCAAGAAAAGCUCGCCAAAUGGCAAGAUCACCGUAUACCUAGGGAAAAGAGACUUCGUAGACCACAUCACACAUGUAGACCCGAUUGAUGGAGUAGUCUUAAUUGACCCCGAAUAUGUGAAGGACAGGAAAGUGUUUGGCCAUGUGCUGGCCGCGUUCAGAUACGGCCGAGAGGACCUCGAUGUAUUGGGACUCACUUUUCGCAAGGACUUAUACUUGGCCGCUGAACAGAUAUACCCAGCAACGAACACAACAAAGCGGCCUCUAACGCGGCUGCAGGAGAGGCUGGUCCGCAAGCUAGGCGCGGCCGCCCAUCCCUUCUACUUCGAACUGCCCCCGCACUGCCCCGCCUCCGUCACCCUCCAGCCCGCUCCCGGCGAGACAGGCAAACCAUGCGGGGUCGACUACGAGCUGAAGGCGUUCGUCGCAGACUCUCAGGACGACAAACCACACAAGAGGAAUUCUGUGCGGUUAGCUAUCAGGAAGAUUAUGUAUGCGCCGAGCAAGCAAGGCGAGCAACCUUCCGUCGAAGUAUCCAAAGAAUUUAUGAUGAGCCCCAACAAACUAUAUCUGGAAGCUUCCCUAGAUAAGGAGUUAUACCACCACGGCGAGAACAUAGCAGUGAACGUUCACAUAGCGAACAAUUCCAACCGAUCGGUGAAGCGUAUCAAGGUGUCGGUGCGCCAGUUCGCGGACAUCUGUCUCUUCUCCACCGCGCAGUACAAGUGCACCGUCGCCGAGACAGAGAGCGAGGAGGGAUGUCCAGUAGGCCCUGGGUUCACCCUGAGCAAGGUGUUCACGGUGACGCCACUGCUGGCCAACAACAAGGACAAGUGGGGCCUGGCACUCGACGGCCAGCUUAAACACGAGGACACUAACCUUGCCUCCAGCACGCUCAUCGCCGAUCCAUCGCAACGAGAAAAUUUAGGCAUCAUAGUGCAGUAUAAAGUCAAAGUGAAAUUAUGUCUUGGACCUCUUGGCGGUGACCUGAGUGCGGAAUUGCCGUUUAUUCUGAUGCACCCCAAACCCGAGGAAGAGCCACGCGCCGCCCCCGACGCCCCGCGCGUACAAGACCACGACCUCAUCCAGCUAGACCCGCAUCCCGACGAGAACGGUCAAGAGCAAGAUGACGACAUAAUAUUCGAGGACUUCGCGCGGCUCCGACUGAAGGGGGCUGACGCGGAUGCCUGAGACUCAGCUUCACCGACGGGGCGCGCGACUCCACCGGAGCUCUGGUUCUCGCAGAUCACGACGAUGCCGUCGCCUCUGAAAAAGCGGUCCUUCACUACACCGCGACCUCUCUGUCCACCCCGACCUCUCUCGAUACCCUGGCGUUACGCGACACCCCGACUUGUUGCAUCCCGCAACCCUUCUUCGGGUUAUCAGUCUUUACCAAAACCCCAGUCUUUAUCCACACCGCGAUCUAUCGCAAUAAUGAGAAAUCGCCCAGCACAUCAACUUCACGCUCCACCAAGACCUAUCGACCUUAACUUGUCCCGAACUUUUGCGACACCUUCACAAGUAUUGCCUCCUCCAUCCAGUUCCAGUUCAACGUUUUCAUCUUUAUUUGCAUUCUUAAUGCUGGUGUUGGCAUGGUAUGAUUAUUUUUUGUCUGACUACUUAGACGAGCCACUUCCACCCGGACUCUUAGCGGAACUCCUGGCGUUUGCUAGUGCACACAUGCGCUCGCCACCGCAGGUACCUGCGGCCCGGCGGGCCCGGCGCCGGCGGCGGCGCUGGUGUCGGCUUGGCUCGCCUGACGAGUAACGAUGUCAAGGGGAUGGCACAGGCUAUAGCUUACGACCUGAAGUUACUUCUUAAUCUACCUGAGAAGCAGCAAAAGGUUCUGGCCGGGGCGUUUCACCCAUACUGCCAUAGCUGUGCUCGUUCAAAGGAUUCCGCAUCGCCAGCUACAGGAUAUAGCCAACGACCCCGAUUUAGAGUUAAAAUACACUGGUCACUUAAGUAUGAGAUCUGAUCCCGAUAUUUUUAAUUAAUAAACGCGAAACUAUUAUAAAACAUCUCCAAAUUAAAGCCCCUUCAUAACGUGGAUGUCG